ACGGAGACCGACUCUGCUUUUAUUCUCCGACUCAGAGAAGGAUAUUAUAAUGUUUUUAAUUAAUAUAAAUACACUCGUAUUUCCAUACCCAAGAACAAACCCUCUCUCUCUCUCUCUCUCUCUCUGUUUCUAGUUUUUAUCUCUGAAACUCACAGAGAAAACCCACUUUGUAGCCCACAAUUGCUUUCCUUUUCUGAGUGUAGAAACAGAAAUUAAGAAUCUUGGAGGCCAAUUCAACUUAAGAAUUGAAUUUGGAGUCUCUUUCUCGUCUCUGUUUUUUGCUUGUGGUUUUAUCUCUCUGUAACUCACAGAGAAUUGAUCAUCAAAACCAUGAUGACUUCCGGUUCCCUUUUUGUGUGUGAGUCAUUCAAUGAACUCAAAAGAGAGUGCACCAGAGAUGAGAAAUUGGACUUGGACUUGCUCACUCUUAGGGUUUUGAAGGACUUGAUUCUAUUGCUCCCUAAAAGACCGUCUCUGCCACUGGAUUCAGAAGAGAAGAAACUGCAAUAUCGUUUCAAACCCACCUGGGGCUCCUUCCAAAGAAAAAGAUUGAAUCAUGGUUCUUCCAAGCCUCAUACCCGUUACCAAUUGCCAAAUUUGAACGUCAAAAGGAAAAGGUUUUCUCAACCCAAGAUCAUCACACGCCUCAAAAUAAUCCCACCCAAGAAACCCCAUUUGGGAAUCUCUGCUGCUUCAUCCAUUGAUGUUCCCAACCACUGUGAAUCUCCCAAACCCACGCCACCCAGAGUAAUUGAUGGCCUCAACUGUCAAGGUUUGAAGCUUGUUACCCAGAAGCGAAGAAAAGCCACCAAGGAAGACCAAAUUGAAGAAAAGCCACCAAAGAAGCCCAAAUUGAACCCAACCCUUCCACUCUUAAACCCAUCACCAAAACUGCCUCAAAAUUUCCAGAAUAUCAUCGACACAAUGGGUGGAACCCAACUGGUUUUGGUCAUACAGAAACCUCUUACUAAGACUGACCUAAACCGACAUAACGCUCGGUUGUCCAUGCCUUUAAGCCAAAUCAAUGGCAGUUUCUUGAGAGAGGCAGAAAGAGUAUAUCUGGAUCAACAGCAAGCAAUGGAAGUCCCAUUCAUGGAGCCCUCCGGUAAGGUAAAUAAAAUUGUUUUGAGGCAAUGGGACAUGCCCAAGGAGUCAGGGAAGAAAAGCUCAUGCUAUGUGAUGAUAAAAUCUUGGAAUGAGGUAGUGGAAAAAAAUGAUCUUGGCAGAAAGCUUAACCAAGUGAUCCAAAUUUGGUCUUUUAGAGUUGGUAAUGAAGAUCAACUCUGCCUGGCUUUUGUUGUGGUCAACACAGGAGAGAACAAUGAGGGAGCAAGUAGCUGCGGGCAAGGAAGAGAUAGGGAUUGACACUAAUUUUGGCCUUUUCAAUUGACCAAUUUUCUUGUAAUUAGAUAUUUUGUUUAGAGUUUAUUAGAGAGAAUGCCAAUAUGUUAUGACUCAUGACAUAUUGUUUAUUAGUAUUUUUUUUUAUAAAUUUUUAGAUAGGGAUCUAUUGUCAAUUAA